AUGCUAGAAUCGAUAUUUGCACCAACAGAUUAUGCGUCACCUGAAGAUUGGGGACCAGAAUAUCCAAUACCUGGAACAAUUAGACCAAAUGUGCCGAUACCAACAUUGUAUAGUGCAGACGGACAACGAAUGAAGCCAAAGUUCAGUAUAGUGGAAUUAGUACUGUAUAAUAUAGCUGCCAUGUUAGCGGGCGUUGCCUCUGGAUAUGACGUUAGGUUAUCUAAUGUUUCGCCUUUACACCCAAGACUGCAACCAAAUAGGUUAGAUGUAAAUGAACUGCCUGCAUGGCGUCCCGUCGAAAACACCGACUACGAAUACUCGACGACAUCAGGCUAUAACCACAAUACAUACCACGGACCAACAAAGCAUUGUCGCCCGAUGCUUACUGGAUCACAACUGAUAAAUGUACAAAACGAAGAGAUGAAGCCGCUAAGAUUCACUGACUCACCCCAGCAUCAUCCUCCAAAUCCCUCACCUAGAAGAAAAUCCAGCUCAACAAGUAAUGACGGUUCAGAACUCUAUGGACCUUACGAACGAAGUGCCACAAUAUACAUUCCCGGAGAUUACCACCGUUGCCAGAUCGACACUGGACAUUGUGUGGGUUGUGUCAAACAGGAUCCCACUUAUGCCUACGGACAGUAUCCAGACGCCACCUAUCCAGGGUAUAGUUCGGAGUAUAGCGGUUCAACGACAUUGUACGGUUAUGGAACCGACUACGCUUAUGAUAACCCUAGCAGUAUUAGUAGUCAUAGUGGUUCGAGGACGCCUCAAAGGUUGCCUCUCAAAACCCACAAGCGGACACCUUCGAAUGUUUCCAAUGCCAGCUCGACCACGACGAGUGGUAGUAAUGUAAACCCUAGUUUCCGGCUAGAAGAAGAUUACCCUCAUACACAUUACUUACCUAGGCGACCACAAUACGAAUACGACUACAACAAUUCUACAUAUUCGAGGCAAAACUCGCACGAUUCCAAUUUCGAAAGGCCCACAACUCUGGAAACUUCAGGUUACACGAAGUUGCGCUCUAGUCUCAAACGAAGUAAUUAUCAAGCGACACAAGGUCAUUCCGGGGGCAACACGCCCACGAACCCCACUCCACCAGAUAGCCUUACUAGCGAUGACAGCUCUUAUGUGUCUGCUAAGGAGAGCAACAGCAGCGUAAGUAGGGUUAGGUUUUCGCCGACCACCCUGAUAGACUUGCCGGUUCCCGGGCAGCACCAAGAUCCGACGAUUCCUUUGCAAGCUAGGAGAACGAGGCAAAGGCCGUCAUUGGCCGAAAUCGAGAAGGACUUGUUGUCAUAA